UGUUCUUUUUUUCCGUUUAUUGUUACUUUCCAAGAGUUUCAUUGAUCUCGAUCGGCCCGAACCAUGGACGAACUGUUCGAUGACACUUGCCUGGCAAUGUCCAGUUCAGAAGCGAGCUUCAAGAGCGGGGAUCUGGACGACGAGCCCGACGCAGACCUGCAGGCGUACUUGGCAACGAGCCAUGACAAUGCCGACGACGACGACGACGACGAAGGCGAGCAGAGCUCUGCCGCCGCACCUUCUGGACCAACAGUGGUGAUCAAGCAAGGCUGGUGUUGGAAGGAAUCUGGAGGCGCAAUGGGCGCCAACUUGUUUGGAGGCAAAUGGCAACGCCGAUGGUUUGUCCUCUAUUCCAACCACACCAUCAAUUACUUUAAGGCUCAGUCGGACAAACAUCCAGCUGGAACAAUCCACUUGACUCCAAGCCACAUUACCAACGAUCUGAAGGAUCCCAAGCGCCCGCGCGCGUUUGGCUUUACAGUGGGGCCGCAGGUCGUGCACGCGGCUGUUCGAAUUUACUAUAUUGCCGCAGAGUCUGCAGCAGAGUGCACCUCUUGGCAGACGGAAAUUCGAGCCGCCAUUGCAACCUGCUCUGAUGCAACGACGCUGCCGCAACUCUUGACAAGCGGCUUGGAUACACCUGCCAGCUGGCGCCUGCAGUGCUGGGAGUAUCUCAAGCAGGUAAUCGGUGCCAAGACUUGGUGCAAUCACGACGUCAAGAACGGCGUGACUAUUGCACGGAUGGACUUUUCCAAGAAUGGCCAUGUCAGUGUGCGCCUUGAAGGGUCGAUUGCCGUCCAGCCCGACAUUUGCUUUGACUUUUUGCGACAAGCCUUGGAUCGCGGAGGUGCAUGCGACUACCCGUUUCGCUCGUUGCGAGAAGUGCAAAGCACUCGCGACGCACCUGAGGCCAGCGUGCUACAAGGCCACUUUGCGAUUCCGACAAUCGGGCUGCGCUCAAUCACUGUCGUGCGCUCGUGGCUGAGGCCAGGCACUGUGGGCACGAGUGACUCGCUCUUCGGCGGCAUGUUGCUCGUCACUCUGCCGGACGCGAAUGCGUCCGAUCCUUCCUCGCCGCCACCCUCACCAUCAUCAGCUAAAGGCAAAGGCAAGGCGGGAAAGCCGUUUAGUAUUUCGGUUCAGCCUUCCGGACUGGUUCUGUAUGCCAUCCCUCCCAUUCCGGAUCGGAAGAACCAAUAUGGGGCCCAUACGCGUGUGGUUGUGUCGAUGACUCUGGAUCUUGGGGGUCGAUUACAGACUCUGCUCAAGGCUACGUAUCGGACGGGAAUAUUGAAGAUUCCAAUUCGACACGAGUUUCAUCGCUUGAAGAAUUUGAUUGAAGAAUCCGUUGGUGCAUAGAUUCGAGUUGGUUGUUUUGUUUUGUUUUGUUUCUGUUAAUAUUUGCGAGUGAAUCGUGUGCUGUGGCUGGUAUUUUCCAUUGAAUGAAAUGAUUCAUUC